AGUGAACAGAAACAUCUACUUUCCAGGCCCCCAACUGGCACUAUCGCUGUUGUUGACAAGCUCGACAAUGCAUUUCCUACGGUUCCUGGCGCUCACAGCGCUGUCUGUGACUGCAGUUGCAGCCAGAAAAGCCUCGACCGACAAGUUUGACACGUAUUUUGCCAAACAGGCCAGCUCCGCACCUUUCGAACUCGACGAGAAGGGCUACAAUGAGCUGACCACAGCACCACGCGACUACUCGCUCGCCGUCCUUCUCACAGCGCUGGAUGCAAGAUACGCUUGCGGAAUAUGCAGAGAGUUUGACCCGGAGUGGAAGAUCCUUGGUCGUAGCUGGCAAAAAGGGGACAAGACUGGGGAGAACAGGAUGCUCCUGAGCACCCUUGACUUUGAUCAGGGCAGGAACAUUUUCAUGAAGCUCCAACUCCAAACCGCGCCUGUCCUCCUGUACUUCCCUCCUACUGUCGGCCCCAAUGCCAAAGCUGAUGGCUCACCUGUUCGAUUCGACUUCUUGGGCCCUCAAUCGGCUGAAGGCACUCGCAACUGGCUUUUGCGUCAGCUUCCUGCCGGAAAUUACCCUGAACUCUCACGCCCAAUCAAUUAUGGAAAGAUUGCUGUCACAUUGACCAUCCUGCUUGGAGCCUUUACAUUCCUGACGGUGGCAUAUCCCUAUAUCCUACCAGUCAUACAGAAUCGCAAUCUUUGGGCAGGGAUCAGCUUGAUCCUGAUCAUGCUGUUUACCAGUGGCCACAUGUUCAACCACAUUCGAAGAGUGCCAUAUGUCGCGAACAACGGUCGAGGUGGUAUAAGCUAUUUUGCAGGAGGUUUCCAGAAUCAGUUCGGAAUGGAGACUCAGAUCGUGGCUGCCAUGUACGCUUUGUUGGCCUUUGCCGCUAUCAACCUUGCCCUAAGAGUUCCACGUAUCAAAGACGCCCGAACACAGCAGGUCGCUGUGAUCAUCUGGGCGACCGUUCUUUUUGGCAUGUACAGCUUCCUGAUGAGCGUUUUCAGGAUCAAGAACGGCGGAUAUCCCUUCUGGCUACCACCCUUUUAGGCUUCUACUGGACACAAGCCGCAGGAAGGCAUGUACUAUAAGACAGCAUUCAGCUACAAAAAGCAA